UUUCACCCUGAACUGUGUGGUACACUAAAAGCUAAGACUCUCCUGAGUACUUUCUGGUAACUGCCCCCUCCUCCUCCACCACCACCAAGCAUGUGAUACCGUAUCUGAUAGAGACAAGCUGGUCACAGUUGGACUUGGUGUAGAGGUUGUACUGUCUUAGCAGUAUAUGUUUCAGUGUAUUUUGGCAUCUAGAAGAAGCUCAGUCUAGUCUUGUUCAUACACACUGAACUUGGAAUACUUCUUGUAUGGCCUUACUUGUGGCCUUAUCUUGUGCGGUGUAGUAGUGUUUGGAUAAACCUGCCAUAAGUCAGGGUCAAUGGAAGUACACGAGUGACUGAUGAGGGCCUAAAGGGCUGUUUUGGAGGAACGUGUGUGGCUGGUGUUUCAUCAUCCUUGUUCAAGGGACAUGAACCUGAUCGACAUUCUGUGGAAGCAGGACAUUGAUCUCGGCGCUAGGCGCGAGGUGUUUGACCACAACUACCGCCAGAAAGAACAUGAGCUGCAAAGGCAGCUGGAGCUCCAAGAACAGAAGAAGCUGCAUUUGCUCCGGGAACAGGAGAAGGCCCUGCUGGCACAGCUACAGCUCGAUGAAGAAACAGGAGAGUACAUACCCCGCCCACCAUCCAGUGCCCCACUGCAGUCAGCCGUCACACCUCUUGAGGUUACACAGAAUGUCAGCUUCACAGAAGAGAGUGGUGAUGCCAUGUCAUUUGAUGAAUGUUUGCAGCUACUGGCAGAGACAUUUCCUGUAGAGGAAACUGAGGACACCCCCGUUUGCCUGGACACAACUGCUGUUGUACCCAUGAUGUCCCCAGAGCAGCCAUCUCUGUUGUCAGCCACCCUCUCUCCAGAUCCACUGUCAUCACCACCGCCACAGAGGAUGUCCCUAGAUUUGGAGCAGGCCUGGAUGGAGCUUUUGUCCCUCCCUGAACUGCAGAACUGCUUGAACAUGCAAAUGGAGGACACGCUGGAGACCACAACAUAUCCUCUUCCAAGCAGCCCCAAAAUCCAGAAUCCAAACUACACUUUUUACCCCAUGAACAACCUCACAGAGGGGGAGACAAACAAUGUAAAUGUUUGUCCUGCAGAGUUUAUAAAUAGAUUUGAUGGCUCCGUUCCCAGCAUGGCACCAUCAGCCAGUCCCAGCCAGAUGGAGGCGAAAGUUCCUCAAUUAAAUACUGACUUCAUUGCAGAACGUUUCUGUGAUAUAUUUUACCCCAACCCCGUUCUGGAAGACAACACUGGUCAACAUGGCCUUGAAGGAAAUGAAAGUGACACCAUGUCUGAUAUCCCAAACAACCCUCCCUUCACACCAAUGGACCUUUACAGCCUCUCACCUGGAGAUGAAUUUGACGGAGGCAAACACAGUCUGACAGCAGAAAUGCCAGACUCAGAUUCAGGAAUCUCUUCAAACACAAGUCCAAAUGCUUGUUCACCUGCCAAGUCCGUAUACGGUAAUGGGUCCUUUCAUUACAGUGAUUCAGACAUGGAGGAGAUGGACCAUAACCCUGGAAGUACAGAAUCUGAGUACUCAGAUAUGUUCCCAAUAAAUCUCCAACUUGAUGACCUUCUGCCAGCGGAUUCUCUAUCUACCCUAACAGGGCAGCCCCAAGAUCGGCAGGAAAAGAAACCCAAACAACACAAGACAGACCCAGCAGAGGAGAGUGGCCACAACAACGUUCCCUUCACCAAAGACAAGCAUAAGAGGCGCUCAGACGUGCGUCUCUCCAGAGACGAGCAGAGGGCUAAGGCCCUCAAAAUCCCCUUCACCGUAGACAUGAUUAUCAAUCUUCCUGUCGAUGAUUUCAAUGAGCUGAUGACAAAGCACCGACUGAAUGAGGCCCAGCUGGCCCUGGUCCGAGACAUACGCCGCCGCGGCAAAAACAAAGUAGCUGCCCAGAACUGCCGUAAACGGAAGAUGGACAACAUAGUGGGUCUGGAGGGCGAGCUGGACUCACUGAAGCAGGAAAGGGAUCAUCUACUGAGUGAGAAGAGCCAGAACACCACAAACCUGAGGGAAAUGAAGCAGCAACUCAACAGCUUGUACCUGGAGGUCUUCAGCAUGUUAAGAGACGAGAAGGGUAACUCCUACUCCCCAUCCGACUACUCCCUUCAGCAGUCAACUAACGGCAGCAUCUUCCUCGUUCCCCGCAUUAAAAAGACUUUGACCAAGAGAAAAGACAAUAAUUUGCCUUCUGCAUAAUAUAUAUUAUCAUAGUAAUACUAUGCAAUAACUUUUUAGCCACUCAGCUUUGAAGCAUUAGUAGCUAAGCAAAACUAUUGUAUAGUUUUUGCGCUCUUCUCUUGAAUGUUGUAAUAUUUUUGAUAUUUUAAUUCUUUUGUACCCUCAGAUUCUUUAACCAACAUUGUAAAUAUAAACGUUAUCUGCUUUUGAGAUUGUUAAAACAUGUUACUAUAUGUGUGUGUGUGUGUAUAUACGUAUAUAUAUAUAUAUAUAUAUUGUAAAUAUAUUUCUGUAUGCUAAUGGUUGUUUCAAUCAUUGUUACUCAUAUUUUAUAACUGUCCCUCUAUGAUUUGCUGCCCAGAUUCUUUUAUAAAAUCUUCUGUGCUUUUCAAUAAACUAUUCAUACAGCUUAACGGCCUCUUAUUUUCUGAGAAAAGAACAUUGUGUGGUGCUCUAAGGCCACAGCCCGCUACAGAUCGGUGCCAGAUGGAUGUAUAGUCUAAGGAAUGAUUACGUAACAUACCACAUGUUCAAGCCAGUUCUUGACUUGAAGACUCUCCCAAAGGGCUUACAAAGCAGCACGAAAGGAAUACUGUACUGAAACAAAAGCAUGAUUAGGUUAAACCACUUUCGCAAUCUGCUUGCCGUCUAUUGGAGCAAGCUUGUUUGUACAGUAACCUAAAUCUUUUAAUACUCUGCAACUCCUGUUGCAAAAGAAAUAAAAAAAAACGCCCACUGCAUUCAUUAUGUUACACAACAAAGAGUACAAUU